AUGAUCAGCUCCCCAAUCACCUCUGUGGACUGCCAAAAACAAGUGCGUUCAUGGCGGUAUCUUCGUUCGCUCAUGGAACUUCUGAUUCCUCGUUGCAAUUGUAUCUUUAUUGAAGAAGAAAAUUACGAGAAAAAACCCAUACCCUAUUUCAAGCACCACUCAACAACAAUAACAACAACAAUAACGGGCACAAUAUUCGGCUCUCGUAAAGGAAAAGUUAGUUUUUGUAUCCAAACAAACCCUAAAUCUACAAACCCUAUUCUUCUUCUUGAACUUGCAGUUUCUACAACCACACUCGCUAGAGAAAUGCGAAAGGGAAUAGUGAGAAUCGCGUUAGAGAGUAGUACGAAUAUGAUAUACGAGUACUCUUCUUCUUCUUCUCCGACUUCUCUUUUGUCUAUGCCAAUAUGGACUAUGUAUUGUAAUGGAAAGAGAGUAGGGUUUGCAGUUAAAAGAAAACCUACAAAAGCUGAUUUAGAAGUGUUGAGAAAAUUGGAGUUAAAAAAUGUUGGAGCUGGCACUAUUAUAAAGAGAGAGGAUGAUGAUAUUAUGUAUCUUAGAGGAAAAUUUGAAAGGGUUAACGGAUCUCAUGAUUCUGAAUCCUUUCAUUUGAUUGAUCCAGAAGAAAAUAUAGGUCAAGAGCUAAGCAUUUUCUUUCUACGAUCUCUUAAUUAA